CGCAGUCUCUGGUCAUCAUCUCCUGUACUAUGUCUGCAGUUUCUGGUCAUCUCCUCUACCGUGUCUGCUGGUCUCUGGUCAUCUCCUGUACCAUGUCUGCAGUCCUCUCUGGUCAUCUCCUGUACUGUGUCCGCAGUCUCUGGUCAUCUGCCCUGUACUGUAUAUGUCCGCAGUCUCUGGUCAUCUCCUGUACUAUGUCCGCAGUCUCUGGUCAUCUCCUGUACUUAUGUCCCCGGUCUCUUGUCAUCUCCUCUACUAUGUCCACAGUCUCUGGUCAUCUCCUGUAGUACAUUCACAGUCUCUGGUUAUUUCCUGUACUAUAUCUGCAGUC